CGAAGCUGUCGCGUGACGUCAAGACGUUGCGGUUAGGACGUCGAAGCCAAGGAGAAGAGCCAGACGGGCGCCAGAGUAUUGUUGUGACGGUGUUGCUACCGAUUUGGAUUCUUGCUGACAAGUCCGGAGAGCGAACGGUCCUGACUAGUGUUACAGUGAAAAGGCAGUCUGGCUCCCGAGGUCCACUCCUUACACCCCAAGGUCCAGAUGGCGGCCAACGUGGGUGACCAACGCAACACGGAUUGGUCCUCCCAGUACAGCAUGGUGGCUGGCGCUAGCAGAGAGGACAGCCUGGAGACUCCCAUCCAUGAGAACCCAGAGUGGGAGAAGGCCCGCCAGGCCCUGGCCAGCAUCAGCAAAUCAGGAGCAGCCAGCAGCUCCAAGGCCAGCAGCACUGUGGCCAGUGCCCAAUACGUGUCUCAGGCAGAAGCCUCAGCCUUGCAGCAGCAGCAGUACUACCAGUGGUACCAACAGUACAACUAUGCCUACCCCUACAGCUACUACUACCCCAUGAGCAUGUACCAGAGCUAUGGCUCCCCUUCCCAGUACGGCAUGGCCAGCUCCUACGGCCCAGCUGCGACCCAGCAGCCCCCGGCUCCCCAGCACCAAGGGACUCUGAACCAGCCCCCGGUCCCCGGCAUGGAUGAGGGCAUGACCUACCAAACCUCACCUCAGCAGCUGCCAUCGGCCCAGCCCCCGCAGCCCUCCAACCCUCCACAUGGAGCCCACACUCUCAGCAAUGGCCCUCAGCCUGGAGCAGCCCCAGCCACGCAGCACAGCCAGACGGGGUCCUCUGCGGGCCAGACCUACGGGUCACACACCUACAGCGAGCCUGCCAAACCCAAGAAGGGCCAGCAGCCAUGGACCCGCAUGAAGCCAGCCCCUGGGACUGGAGGUCUCAAGUUCAACAUUCAGAAGCGGCCCUUUGCUGUCACCAACCAAAACUUCAGCUCCAGUGCAGAGAAUCAGCACAGCAGUUUUGGGGCCCAGCCCAACCCUGAAAAACCACAAAACCACAGUGGUCCUUCAGCCCGAGGAAACCUGUCUGGGAAGCCGGAUGACUGGCCACAAGACAUGAAGGAGUAUGUGGAACGCUGCUUCACCGCCUGCGAGUCGGAGGAGGACAAGGACCGGACUGAAAAGCUGCUCAAGGAGGUGCUACAGGCUCGGCUCCAGGACGGCUCUGCCUACACCAUCGACUGGAGCCGGGAGCCUCUGCCUGGGCUGACCAGGGAGCCUGUGGCUGAGAGCCCCAAGAAGAAGCGGUGGGAGGCCCCUAGCAGCCUUCACCCUCCCAGGGGGGCAGGCUCGGUGACCAGGGGCGGGGGUGCCCAGUCCCAGCGAGGGACGCCGGGGGCUGGGGGUGCUGGCCGAGCCCGGGGUAGCAGCUUCGCCAAGUUCGGCAACCGCAACGUCUUCAUGAAGGAUAACAGCUCUUCCUCCAGCACAGACUCCCGCUCCCGUUCCUCCUCCCGGUCCCCCACCCGCCACUUCCGGAGAAGUGACUCCCACUCGGACUCUGACAGCUCCUACUCGGGGAACGAGUGUCACCCUGUGGCCCGUAGGAACCCACCUCAGAAGGGCCGGGGUGGCCGAGGGGCUCACAUGGAUCGGGGCCGAGGCAGGGCACAGCGCGGGAAGAGGCAUGAUCUGGCUCCCACCAAGCGUAGCCGCAAGAAGAUGGCUGCCCUGGAGUGCGAGGAUCCCGAACGCGAGCUGAAGAAGCAGAAGCGGGCGGCCCGUUUUCAGCACGGGCACCGCCGCCUGCGCCUGGAGCCCCUUGUGCUGCAGAUGAGCAGCCUGGAGAGCGGAGGGGCUGACCCUGACUGGCAGGACCUGCAGAUCGUGGGCACCUGCCUGGAUAUCACCAAGCACUACCUACGUCUCACCUGCGCACCUGACCCGUCUACUGUGCGUCCAGUUUCUGUUUUGAAAAAGUCACUGUGCAUGGUCAAGUCCCACUGGAAGGAGAAACAGGACUAUGCAUUCGCCUGUGAGCAGAUGAAGUCCAUCCGGCAGGACCUGACGGUGCAAGGCGUCCGCACUGAGUUCACCGUGGAAGUAUACGAGACCCACGCCCGCAUUGCCUUGGAGAAGGGUGACCACGAAGAGUUCAACCAGUGCCAGACACAGCUCAAGUCCCUGUAUGCUGAGAACCUGCCAGGCAACGUGGGCGAGUUCACCGCGUACCGCAUCCUCUACUACAUGUUUACCAAGAACUCAGGCGAUAUCACCACAGAGCUGGCGUACCUCACCAAGGAGCUCAAGGCAGACCCUUGUGUGGCCCAUGCAUUGGCAUUGCGGGCAGCCUGGGCCCUGGGCAACUACCACCGCUUCUUCCGGCUCUACGGCCAUGCGCCCUGCAUGUCUGGUUAUCUUGUGGACAAGUUUGCAGACCGGGAGCGCAAGGCUGCCCUCAAGGCAAUGAUCAAAACCUUCCGCCCUGCGCUUCCAGUCUCCUACCUGCAGGCCGAGCUGGCCUUUGAGGGCGAGGCCGCCUGCCGGGCCUUCCUAGAGCCCCUAGGCCUGGCCUACACGGGCCCGGACAACUCCAGCGUGGACUGCCGCCUCAGCCUGGCGCAGCUGCCAGCCUUCUGAGCGCCCAGCCAGCAUGGGCAGGGGCGGGGCCGAGGCCCCCAGCACCGCCUUUGCGGAUUUUGUUUUGAGCCAUGGACUUGGGUUGUAAAUUAAUUUCUGGGAGUAGGCUCCAGGAAGAGCCACAGUCCCAUCUCCAUUUCCCAGUGGAGAGUCUGUACAUACAGAGAUUUUUCUACGUUUUUAUUUUUUGCCUCAGAGGGAUGGUGGGGGGAGGGUGGGAGAGGGGUGGGGGCUGCAGGCUCUGUGCCCACCUCUCACCCCACACUAAUGCUGUCUCAGUGUUUUUUUCUCUCUCUCUCUCGAGCUUGUACUCCGGCACCCGAACCGGCGCACUGGCCCAUCCCAUGCUGGGGGGCCAGUGGAAAGAAGACAGGCCGUCCAGCCCGCACCCGCCUGCAGUGGGCACCAGCCAGCCAUGCCCGCUGCCUUGUCUGCCUCUUCAUAGACUCUUGUUGCCCAGCCUUCGGGGCCUCAGUGUUUGGGGUGAGGGGAGCUGCUUAGAGACUAUGUCCCAUCCUUGGUCUCCCACCCCAGAAAUGCCAACGCCGCCAGCACCAGCACCAGCACCGUCCCCACCAGACCAGCGCACCACCCAGCCCUGAGGACUCCGAGGCCAUCCAUCGCGGGACCUUGCCGGCCGGGCCGCCUCGUCUCAAGUUGUAUUAAGUUGUCUCCAUGUCCCUUUCCCCUCUACCCCAAUGUUUCUUCUGAUUUUUCCCCCUCCCCUCCUUCCUCUUCCUGCUUUCCCUGGCUCAGCACAGGUAAAAUGGUUACCCUCCUUCCCACCCUCCCUCCCUGCC